GAAUAGAACUGGAACAGAGGGAAAAGAUCAAGUGAGAGGUGACAGAGAAAUGAUGUAUAUCGAAAGAAGAAGGUUCAUGGCAUGUAUAGCAGAGAGAUCCACCAAGUCCACCAUCUUCGUGUAUAAAUAUCUUUGUUUAUAGUGUGACCCAGUGAAGGAGUGACGUUUUCACCCUGUGGGAGGAGUUUUCAAAGGAAGUGGGAAUUCGCGAGGGAGGAAGUAGUCCCUUUAAAAUGGUCUGUUUGGUCUGCCCAAACAUAUGCACUUGGGAGAACAGCAUUGCAUUUUAUGCCAGGGAAGCGGCGGCGUCAAAUUCAAGCACGCUCUUUGAAUCAAUUGGUGUUUGCACCGUUUUACUAGACGAUAAUUCAGCCAUAGCUGAUUUACAAGAACGACCCACCAUUACUACACUAAUACGCAUUCGGAAUCAGUGGAAUUGGCCAAUCAACCCAAGAAAGUAAAUCAAUCAGGAUGAAUAUGGGAGCUGCAGUUCUGCACACCUUUGAGCAGCAGUAUGAUGCAGGCAGGAGUCUGUCUGAGACGGGACACUGAGGCAACACUACCAGAGCUCACUGAGCAGCACAGGAUCAGACAGAAAGAAGAGGAACUCAGUGGACUGGAGCCUGUCCACAUGGCAGAGUCAGAGACAGAGUGUGCUGCACCAGGACUCAACACACUGGAGCCGGAGUGUGUUACAGGGCACAGCGGGGUCAGUGAUGUACACCACGCAGACGCACCAUUGAUAAAAACAGAAACUGAUCUGGGCCCCACCUACGCUGGGGACCUUAUGACAGAGAGCCCGGACUUUGCAAAUCUGGGAUGUGUAACCCAUCAGAAUCCUGAUCGAAUCAAAACGGAGACCGAUGAUGGAGGCCACGUUAAGUCUGAACACACGGGUCUCGUCCACGGCUUUGAGUCUGAAAAAUUGAAGCGUGAACCCAGGGAAGUUUUAGUGAGCGAUCUCAUGAGUGCUGUGCGUAACGGAGCCGGCGUCGAUCACGAAGGCCCAGCAGAACCACGGCGGUGCGCGGGAGCGCCGAGUCCAAACGUUAAAAAUCUCGGGAGCGAACGGUACCGUUCCACCCUGCGUUUGAGACGCCUCGAGCCUUCAAAACCAGUCCAGGAUGUGGGGAUCCGUACGGGUGAAAGCCCCUACACCCGCGCUCGGCGUGGGAACCGCUUCCUUCAGAAAACCUAUUUAAAAGAGCAUCAGGAAACGCGUGCGGGCGAAGAGCCCUUCGAGUGUGAUCAGUGCGAGAAGCGUUUUCUUCAGAAGUCUCGUUUGCGUGCUCACCUGCGAAUGCAUGCUGGCAUAAAGCCCCACGCGUGUACUCAGUGUGAAAAGUGCUUUGUAAGGAAAUAUGAUUUAGACGCCCAUCAGAGAAUUCAUACCGGAGAAAAGCCCUACACGUGUACUCAGUGUGGGAAGCGUUUCAUUCGUCAAUCCGUUUUAUGGUACCACCAGAAAAUUCACACUGGCGAAAAGCCCUAUGCAUGUACUCAGUGUGGGAAGUGUUUCAUUAAGAGAGCUCAGCUGCGUUCCCACCAGAGUAUCCAUACAGGUGAAAAGCCCUUCCCGUGCUCUCAGUGUGGAAAGUCUUUCCUUAUGAAAUAUCAAUUAAGCGCCCACCAGAAGAUUCAUACAGGGGAAAAGCCCUACGCAUGCACUCAGUGUGGGAAGCGUUUCAUAAGGAAAACUGAUUUAAACACCCAUCUCAGAAUUCAUACAGGAGAAACGCCCUACACAUGUACUCAGUGUGGGAAGGGAUUCAUUCGUAAGUGUCAAUUAAGCACCCACCAGAGAACCCACACAGGUGAAAAGCCCUACACGUGUACUCGGUGUGGGAAGGGAUUUCAUCGUAAAAGCCAUUUAAGUUACCACCUGAUAAUUAAUACAGGAGAAGAGCCCUUCCAAUGCUCACAGUGUGGGGAACGUUUCGCUUCAGAAUGUCCUUUCCUGAUACACCUGAGAGGUCAUACAGCUGAAAAGCCAUACGCUUGUACUCAGUGCGGAAAGCAUUUUAUUCGGAAAUGUACUUUUAAUAGGCAUCGGAAUAUUCAUCUGAAAAAAUGUAGCUAAUCGGUGUGAGAAGUCUUUUUUAAAAAUUAAAAAAAAAAAACUUCUUUUAGUCAAUCGCAUCUACGUACCCACCGUGGAAUCCAUACAGGUGAAAACACCAAGUGUUCCCUGUGUGAAGGGUUUGGAUGAUAAUUUUAGAAUAACACAUUUAGAAUAACAAAUGCAGGCUACGGUGUAAGAAUUUGGCAAAAGUGCCCAAAGACGGAGAUUGCCAAUGCAUCUUUCCCCAGAGCCCGUGAUUUGGGAUCAGAUUUCAGCAGAGUGUUAGUUUCUAGCUAGCAAACGAAGAAGCCCAGAUGGUUGUUUUAUAAUAUUUUCAGGAUAAAUAUGCGGCAUAGUAUGCCUAUAAGGAAACGCCUGAGAAUUCAUACAGGUGAGAGAACUUGACUCAUCCUUGGUGUGAGAAUUUAUUUUUGAGCGUUCAGAAAAGUGCUAUAUGAAUGCAAUGAUUCAUUAAUUCAUUCACUCAUUCAUUCAUUCAUCAUUCAUUCAUUCAUUGUUUUGGACAGCUAGCUGAAAAAAAAAAACAGGCAACUGAGUGGGACAAGCAUUUUUAUUAUGUACCGAGUGUUUUGGACUGUAUUGUAUCUGCUUCUUUAAUGAAUGUCAUUUUCUUUCACUUUUAACAUCUGAAAACCUUUGCAGUGAUCAAAAUUACACAAAUGUAUUUGUUUUAGGAAUUCAGAACAGCUGUUUGGAUAUGGAAAUAAACAGGCUGAUAUUGUGGUAACU